AUGCGAGACUCUUCGAUGCAACAUGAGCUCGAGGCGAGCACCAUUGACCCGUUUCUCACCGCCAUCCUCCCUAUGAUUCUCAAGUUUGUUUCCCGUGAAUACGAACUUCCCACGUACACAUCAUCGGUCGAGACGCCUUAUUCGCAGUUCAUUGCCGACCUUGGGUUGCCCGCUCCCGGUGGCAUUCCGGAACUGCUUCUGCACAGACUUGGACUGGAUCCGAUCGUGCAGAAUCGUGCCGAGUCUAUUCUGUUGAUCAAGCCACCAAAACGUCAGCGGAACAAAUGGCUUGUCAACACCACUGGCUCUGGAAAGACCCGUUUAGCGAUGGAGGUGCUGACCCUUCAUCUGGGUUUCUAUCUUACGGCGGCGCAGGACGGUAGCGGCCUGGGCUCCGCGGAUCUCUGUGUGCUUGUCGACUCCAUGCUUGCCGACGUUGUGCCAAACGUGACCGCAAAUAUCGAAGGGCCUCGACAGCAGUCGGUCUUCGACGACAACGCAAAAAUCGUCGCCAAGUGCUUCGUUGCCCUUCUCUUGGCUCGCGCGUACAUUCUGAGGCGUUUUCUGAAGCUGGCUUCCGAGUCGGGGGGCCUUACUCAGCGUCAUAAACACGCCUGGCUUCUGUUCCAACUUCUGCCAGUCUUCGACGUCGCUCUAGACAAGGAUCCCAGCGACGAUCAGGCCAGAAUUAUGAACAGCGACGUCUUUGCAAAACUCAUGCGAUACAUUAUCGACAAGAACUUGCCGCUUCAGGAACUCAACUUUAUCCUGCAAGACAUCCUGGAGGACAUCUUCUCGUAUGUCAACCGCAACUUCCGCGAUGGCAAGGUGGUCUUUGUCCUCGAUGAAUCCCAGGUGCUGGUCAAGAAGCACACCGCAUCCUUCAAGUCUGCCACUGAUGCCAACCAGACACGGCCUCUCCUUCGCGAAAUUGUGGCGAACCUGGUUGCUUGCACUGACUCGUGGCCCACAAAAGCCGCUAUACUGGGCCUCGGUACCGGCAUAUCCGCGCAGUCGAUCGAAGAGGCGAUUCAUUCGGUUUCCGGGAAGAAUGCGACGCAUGAAGUGCACACGGAGAUAGGUGCUUUCGACACAGUAGCCGCACAGCAGACAUACAUGCGCCUUUACAUUCCGAAUGCCAUCCUGGGAUCGAGCAGCGGGCGUCUACUGGCGGCACGGUGCUGGCAAUGGCUUCGUGGGCGGCAUCGUUUCCUCGCGAAGUUCCUCGUUGAGCUCAUACGCGCCGGAUUUCGGGCACCUCAUACGGUGCUGAACGCGUACGUGAAGAAGCUUACCAACUGCACCCUCCAAGAUGCGGACCGGUACAUCGAAGAGGAGGAGGAUGAAGUUUCUGGGAUCGACAUGCCUAAUGUUUAUCCGGUCCUUUGUCCAAAAAAGUGGCCCCCCACUCUCAUCAUAACGAUCGCGCAAGUUGUGACAUGUUACUUGAUGCGGGGCGUGGUCAGCAUCGUCUGCGGAGAAGAUGAACACGACAUGAUCUACCUCGGGGUCGCAAGGUACAGAAGAUCCAACAACAGUGACCCCGACAAAAACUCGGAGGCCUGCAUAGACGAACCCUUGAUCAUGCUGGCGGGCACUCGGCACUUCGACGUUUCCCUCAAGGAUACCGAUACCGUCACCUCGACAUACCAAGUCCUUGGGUCGCGGAUUCCCGAGCACUGCGCGCCUUUCAAUCGAAAUGGCUGGGAGGAGUUCCUCCCGUUCAUUUUCUGGUGUUUCGUGUUCUGCGAACCACGACGCCUGGGAGAUGUCUUCAACAUCAUUCGUCGCCCGGACUUGGCCGACGAAAAGGUUGUCAUGGCCAUGAUACGCAAGGAUACGAACGGCGACGUCGUGGUCCACAGCUCAGCAGAAGCGGGUCCACGGCCAGCUGCCAUCAGAGUGGUCUCGAACGGCGAGAAGAAGAUCGAGUACACGAAGGAGCUCUAUUAUCACACUCCAUUUUCCACCAUGGGUGUUGUAGAACCAAUCCAGACGUAUGAUGGAUCAAGCUCGCGGCCCUUUCCCGAGCAAUGGAUUCGGCAUGAGGCUAACGCACCGGGCUGCUUUUUGCCAACAUGCUACGCCCCUGACUCCUGGUUCCACUUGCAGAUCGUGGGAGGGAAGAACCACGGCAACCUCAUAACCGCAUCGGUUCAGUACAAGUAUCGUCGAUACGGUCUGAAUGACGAUGGCGCCAGGCGCGCAAUCCAGUCUGUCACCCCUGCCCAUCUUGGCGAUGCGAAGCUCAAGCGAGCCCGACUUCCCGAGAGGGUGGAACUUACCCAGGCCGAGCUCGACUCGCUGAAGAACGAUCUCAAAAACGCCUUCAACUCGAUCGAGGGUGGUACCCCACCAGACGACAUGUUUGGCGAAUGCCAUGUUCUUCGCGUCGUCGCGAGCACGAUCGACCUGAAACUAGAGCGCCUCGACAAGGCGACAUCUACCCCCAAGUUUCAGGAGGAGCUUGAUGACUCACACCCUCUGGCGACGUUGAACACGGAAUACGUGGACAGCAUCCUCAAGAAGCCCAGGCCCCAAUACAAGCUCACGGAUGGGAAAGCACACGCCCGCGUUGAUGGCAAGGACGAGGAGGAUAAAGAGGAGGAUGAGGAGCCGGCAGUCGCCUCAACGUCCUGCGCAGCCGACGACCAACCUCCCCUCGAUGAGGGCGAGGACGCAAGUGUCGAGGCUGUACAGUCAGAGGAGCAGACCAAAGGUUCGACUGUGAUGCCAGCGUCGGAUGCAAGAAACGGCCAAGCCCCGGUAAAAGGCGUCGAGGACCCGGGGGCCAACGAUGAAGACAUGGAGGACAUCUCUGCAAUGCCUUGA